CCUGGGUUAGCUGCGUGGACGCGCCCUGCGCAGCUGUGCAGAUGUUGCGAAGAUCCUGAACGCUCCUCAGCAAAGAACGUAGGCCUAAUACAGGAAAUACUGAGCAUAAUAAUACACAGACUAGCCUCCAGUCUGGUCCGGUCAUUCUAUUCACCCUCUCGUUUCCCCAGGAGUGGGCAGCUAUGAUCAAGGCUGCGGAGAUGGGCCACAACUCGUGGGAGCUGUUGGUGGUGGUGGACCAGCAUGGUCUGGAGGAGAGCAUGAAGUUCAAGAUGAGGGUGGAGGGGACCCUACACGUCGGGGGCCUUAUGCUGAAGCUUGUGGAAAAGAUCAAAGCGCCUCAUGAUUGGUCAGACCAUGCACUGUGGUGGGAGCAGAAGAGCUGCUGGCUGCUGAAGACACACUGGACGCUGGACAAGUACGGGAUCCAGGCGGACGCUGACCUGCACUACACGCCGCAGCACAAGCCCCUGUGUCUGCAGCUGCCCAGCAUGCGCACCGUGCGCCUCAAUGUCAGCUUCUCCAGCGUGGUCUUCAAGACCGUCUCAGAGAUCUGCAGGAUGCUCAACAUCAGGAGAUCGGAGGAGCUGUCUCUACUCAAACCGCCGGACGACCCCAAGAAGAAGAAGAAAAAAGACAAGAGCACAGAGUGGCAGGUGGACGAGAUGCUGACCAAUGACAUUCUGGACAUUACUGCAACUGGAGUCUCAGGAAGCCCCGGAUUCUACAGCACAAGUAUGACGUUCCAGACAGAGAAUGGGUUCCAGUACAAUCCGAAGAACCCUCUGGCCAAAUGCCAGCUGAACCUUCCCCCUGAUGAACUCGCUAAGAUGUACCUGCCUCUGGACCUGGAGGAUAAAGCCAUCAUCAAUGCUGGGUGGCUGGACUCGUCGCGCUCUCUGAUGGAGCAAGGCAUCCAAGAGCACGAUCGGCUGCAGCUGCGCUUCAAGUACCACUGCUUCUUUGACCUCAACCCAAAGUAUGAUGCAGGUCGUAUCACACAGCUCUAUGAGCAGGCCCGCUGGUCUAUCCUACUGGAGGAGAUUGACUGCACUGAGGAGGAGAUGCUCAUGUUUGCUUCACUGCAGUACCACAUCUGCAAGCUGACCAGCAUGUCAUCAGACCAGAACAACCGCUCAGACGAGGGGGACAUCGACGAGGUGGAGGCAGCUCUGUCUAACCUGGAGAUGACCCUGGAGGGGGGGACUGCUGACAGUUUACUGGAGGACAUCACAGAUAUCCCCAAACUAGAAGGCUACCUAAAGCUCUUCAGGCCCAAACGUCUGACACUGAAGCCUUAUAAGGAUUAUUGGUUCGUUUUUAAGGACACUACCAUCUCCUACUAUAAGAACAAGGAGUCAGCCAGCGGUGAACCCAUAGAGCAGCUCCAUCUCAGGGGCUGUGAGGUGGUGCCAGACGUAAACGUGACGGACAAGAAGUUUGGCAUCAAGCUGAUGAUCCCUGUGGCUGACGGCAUGAACGAGAUCUACAUCCGCUGUGAAGAUGAGACGCAGUAUGCCAAGUGGAAGGCUGCCUGCAUCUUGGCCUCGAAGGGGAAGACGAUGGCCUACAGCUCGUACCGCACGGAGGUCAAGAACAUACAGUCUUUCCUGCAGAUGAAGAGUCUGGCGCCACCUUCUGGCCAAACCAGUCCUGAUCCAGACUCCAUGGACAUGAAUGCUGAGAGUUUUGUGUCGCCGCGCUAUGUCAAGAAAUACAAAUCCAAACAGCUGACCACACGGAUUUUGGAAGCCCACCAGAACGUGUCCAAGAUGUCCCUCAUGGAUGCAAAGAUGCGUUUCAUCGAAGCCUGGCAGUCCCUACCUGAGUUUGGCAUCAAGUACUAUGUUGUCAGAUUCAGAGGAAGUAGGAAAGAUGAGGUCCUGGGCAUCUCCUACAACCGGCUGAUCCGGAUAGACAUGUCGACAAGCCUGCCUGUUACCACCUGGCGCUUCUCAAACAUGAAACAGUGGAACGUUAACUGGGAAAUCAGACAGGUCACCAUUGACUUCGACCAGAACGUGUCUCUGGCCUUCUCUUGCAUAAGCUGUGAUUGCAAGGUGGUGCACGAGUACAUCGGUGGCUACAUCUUUCUCUCCACCCGCUCCAAGGACCAGAACGAGUCGCUGGACGAAGAUCUCUUCCACAAACUCACCAGUGGCCAGGAGUGACUGGAGUGACCAUUUUUAUUUCAUUAUUAUGUUUUAUUGUGUUAAAUUUGAGUCCAGGAUUCCAAAGAAGAGAGCUCUAGAGCAAGCUACACUACCAUCACACCAUGUCCUAGCUGCAUGUGACAUAAGUGAGUUUCAGUGUCAAAAUCAGUUUGAUUACUUUGUUUUCAAUUAUAACGGCCUAACUGGAUGCGAGGUGACUUUUUUGAGAACUUCUCCCUACAGCCUAGGUGUCCCAUGCAGACAAGAUUCGUAAACUGAAAACAUGAUGUGUAAAGAACGUAUUUAAAUUGAGACAACAUAAAACGAUAACGAUAUAGUGUGGAUGUAGCCUUUGUCACCCGGUUCCACUGGCAAGAUCAGGACAAUCUGGUAAGGGAUGGAAACUAGAUCUAAAACUAGACCUGUCUGACAUGGAAGAAUUGAGGACUUCAUUCCAUUGCCUUUGAAAUUGCUUUAAUUUGAGUUUUUUUACAAGUUUAAAUGUGUUUAAAAGGUUUGAAGACCUUUGUAUCUUGUCAUAGUAGGCUUUCUUUAAUGUUUUUAUAAGUGGGUAAAGUGAACCGUUGCUGCUGUUUACAAUAAAUGUAAAGAAAAAAAACAG